CACGUACGACGUUGCAUUACUUGUUGACCCGCUUUAUCCUGUUUUUUCUCUCUCCCGCUCCUCUCUCUCUGUCUCGAUCGGAGACUGACAAAGCCUCUUCCCCUCCCUCACCUUUUUGAAAUCCCCAAUUUUCCCGCCUGCUCUCGUUCGAUUUUCCUUCUGGUCUUCCUGCUCUCUAUCACAGUCAGUCGUCAUCCUCCUCGGUUUGCAAGUAGCAGGGCGAUUAGGGUUAGGGUUAGGGUUUUUACCUAGGAGAGGCCUCAGGGAACAGCGAUCGUACUCAUCAUCGAAAGGAAGAAUUGGUUAGGGUUUCUGAGAAAUGUCGACGACGGAAGCUCUCUACUCCAAACUCUACGAAAAGUACACAAAAAUCAAGACGAAGAAAUGGUCAGAGUUGGAUGAAAUUGGUAGAGAACAAGAAGGAAAGUUCAAGCAUUAUGUAUCUGUUGCAGAGGAGUAUAUACAACAUUUGCGAAAUCAAAAUGAGAGGUUGCGCUUGGAAGUUGAUGAGCUGAGAAGUGAAGUGGACUUCUAUUAGGUCUACCAAAGAUGAACAAUGUACCGAGUACCAGAAUCUUUUGAUGGAAGAGAACAGGACAAAUAAAGAGCUUUCUGAAGAAGUAGAGAGGCUCCGAAAGCUGCAACAGGUGGGAAAUCUAUCGAAUGAUAGCAACAUAGACAAUGGUGGACUGUGUACACCUGCUAGUGGUCAAGUAUCCGGAGCAGCAGGAAAUCUCUCAAAGAGAAGAAGGACAAGUAAACGUAGGAAGAAUUCCCACUCUGAGACAGAGGAUAUAGUUAUGCCUUCUUGUGGGGCUGUUAUAACUGUUCCAGAGCCACAAUGGUGUAGAACGAUUGAAAGACAAGGUUGUGUAAAACCAAUUGGCCAAGUGAACUGCGUGUUUCAAGUGCUUGUUGAGUAUAUGGUGGAUUUAAAGUUCUCGACUGUUAGUCAGGCCGAAGAAAUAUGCAUCUCAGCUGUGCAUCAAUCAAGUGGUUAUGCCUUCAAUCUUACAUGGAUGAACAGAGCUGCAGGUAAAGAAGUAGAGCUUCUGUACCGCACCUCAUCCUUGGGAACGCUUGAGAGGGUAGCACCAGAAUGGAUGAAGGAUGACAUAGUGUUAAGCCCAAACAUGUGCCCUAUCUUCUUUGAAAGGUUAUCUCGUGUUGUCAAGCUGCACUCCUAGUAGUCUAGGGAUCGUGUUGUCAAGCCCAAACAUGUGCCCUUCUCCCUCUGUUCCUUCUGUUGUCUAGGGAUCGUUGUAGGUUAUAUAUAUUGGAAAGUCUGAAUUGCACAUUUUUCUUACAAUUGAAGGGUUGAAAGUUGACUAAAUCUCACAUGAUCCUUUGCAUUUGAAUAGAAAUUAAGAGCAUUUAUUUGAGAAA